AUGCCAGAAGUAAGCGAAAUUGACAAGUGUAGAGCGAAGAGAAAAGUCGCGAAAGCUAGCGUGACAAGAAAUAUGAAUCGUGUCAGAGAGCUGAUCUCUAGCGAUGGAAGUGUUUCGAAAGUCCGACAGUUUGCCAAAGGUGUAGAAGAAGGUCGUACGAAAGCCCGUGACCUUACGAAAGAACUGGAAGAGCUUGAUCCAGCGUCAAUGGACCUUUCACCUUUUGACUAAAAUUUAGAUUUCAACAAGUCUAGACAAAAAUUUUAUCACAGCUUGAAAGAGCAUCACAAAAUUAGUAAUAUUCCGAAGUUUCGUUGCGAAAUGUUGUAAAAUGCGGGUAUUACAGCCUUGCGAAGUUUGCAAUUUUCAGUCAUUUUGUAUUACAAACGGGAAAUACAUACCCUUUUUCCGAAGGAGGUAUGUAUUUCCCGCGCGUAAUACAAAAUGACUGAAAAUGGCAAACUUCGCAAGGCUAUAUUAUCCGCAUUUUACAACAUUUCGCAAUGAAACUUUGGAAUAUUACUAAUUUUGUGAUGCUCUUUCAAGCUGUGAUAAAAUUUUUGUCUAGACUUGUUGAGAUCUAAAUUUUAGUCAAAAGGUGAAAGGUCCAUUGAGACUGAUGGUAGCUGGUUAGAAGAGGUAGAAUUUGAUGUCAACGAAGUCCUGGGAGAAGUUGCUGAAUAUUUAUUAAAGUCUGAGAGCCCAUCGCCAAACGAACAGUCUAGUAUUACACCACCAACUGCUCAGAAUAAUGAUGAAAAUACUGAAACUGUGAACGAUUCAAUGUCUGGGAAAAGAACUGGUCUGAAAGGUGUUGAAAUCCCAUCAUUCGAUGGAAAACCAGAUAAGUGGCCGUACUUUUGGGGAAUAUUUAGUUCUCUUGUCCAUAAAAACGAUAAACUAACGCCAGCAAUCAAGCUAGCUCAUCUGAAUAGCUGUUUAAUUAACGGACAGAGUACGUGAAGUUAUUGCAUGCCUGACCGGGGAGCCUGGGGACUAUGACAGGGCGGUGAAACAACUCACUGAUAGGUAUGGGGACCCCAGAGAAAUUAUAGAUGCCCAUUUGCGCAGAAUAAGUUCUUGGCCCCACAUUAAGGAUAAGGAUCGUGAAGAGUUUCAACGCUUUGCAGAUGCAUUACAAGCAGCUGUGUUUGCACUAGAUAAACCUGACUAUAGGCAGGAAUUAGCUAGUAUACCUCUUUGUACCUUGUUGGUUCAAAAACUCCCACCUAGAGAAAGGGAUGAAUGGGUAAAACAGGUUGAGAGUGAAGAUUACUCGGAAGACAUGAAGGGUUUAGCCAAGUGGGCCCAAGUUAGAGCCAAAACCAUGCGUAAACGUGAGCGAUACAAUAUUGAGCCGCCAGAUAAGGGUAAAGAGUCAACUAAUUUUCAGCCACCAGGUCGCAUGCGAGGUAGGGUCCAUGCUCUACGCACAUCUGGAUUUGAUCCAGAACACCAAAGUUUAAAAAAUUGUCCAUUGUGUGAUAAAAAACACACUGAAGUCUCAUGCCCUUUGUUUUUUGAUAGUUCUGUUGAAAAACGUUGGGAAAUUGUAAAAAAUAAAAGGGUAUGUUUUGGUUGUUUGAAACCUGGCCACCAACGGCGCCUGUGCACAAAGUCCUCCAAAUGUGGGGUAGACUCAUGUGACAAAGGCCAUCAUUAUUUAUUGCACAGUUCUAAGUCUAAGCAUGAGAAACCAUCUGAUGACCCACCUAAGACCCCAGAGGAAAACAAAGCAAUGCAUUGUGGGAAAGCACAAAUCAGCACACCCAUAACUGAGAGGGUUGCCCUGAAAACUGUAUCUGUCCCAUUUAUAGAUGAUUCUGGAAGGGUAGUCAAUGGUUUGGUACUUUUAGACUCAGGAAGUGAGACCACACUUGUAAGAGCAGGGUUUGCAAAUCAGUUAGGCAUAAAGGGGCCUAAGCAAAGUCUUACUGUGGAUGCAGUAGGAGGGGUACGCACCGUAGUGAAAUCACAACGUGUACAUUUACCAUUUGCACCACACAUUACAAAGGCAAAAAUAACAGGGUGGACCAUUAAUAAUAUUUGUGCCCCUGUCCCAGAUGUUAAUUGGCCUGAGAUUAAGCAUAAUUAUGCCCACCUAAAUGAUGUCCCAAUAGAGCCACUAAGUAAGGGCACUGUUGAUGUCCUGUUAGGGUUAGAUGCAGCUGCAUUAAUGGCACCCGUGCAAGUUAGACGCGGGGGGCAUUUAGAGCCAUAUGCAGAGUUGACACCCUUAGGUUGGGUGAUUUCCGGCCCAGUCCCCGCCUCCAAUGGUCAGGAGAAGCGUGUCCUGUGUGUCCACGUGUCGGAGGACGAAGGCGAUGCUAAUCGAGAGUUACGAAAGUUCUGGGAUGUGGACAGUUUCGGUGUUCGGGCAGAGAUUAAGUCACCUUACACGCCUG